AGAGUGUGGAGGCGCGGACGCGCGGCAGAGCUCGAGCUGCUGCAGCUGCUGCCGCCGCCAGAGUAACCUCGAUCCCCGAGCUCCGGAUACCGGUGCCUCGCCAUGGCUGACCAGCUGACCGAAGAACAGAUUGCAGAGUUCAAGGAAGCCUUCUCCCUCUUCGACAAGGAUGGAGAUGGCACCAUUACCACCAAGGAGUUGGGGACCGUGAUGAGAUCACUGGGGCAGAACCCCACUGAGGCUGAGCUGCAGGACAUGAUCAAUGAGGUGGAUGCUGAUGGCAAUGGGACCAUUGACUUCCCAGAGUUCCUGACCAUGAUGGCCAGAAAGAUGAAGGAUACAGACAGCGAGGAGGAGAUACGAGAGGCCUUCCGUGUUUUUGACAAGGAUGGGAAUGGCUAUAUCAGUGCUGCCGAGCUGCGUCAUGUCAUGACGAACCUGGGGGAGAAGCUGACGGACGAGGAGGUGGACGAGAUGAUCCGGGAGGCUGACAUCGAUGGAGACGGCCAGGUCAAUUAUGAAGAGUUUGUACAGAUGAUGACUGCGAAGUGAAGGCCGGGCAGCUGGCCAUGCCCGUUCUCCUGAUCUCUUCUCGCGCUCUCCUCUCUUCAACACUCCCCUGCGUACCCGGUUCUAGCAAACACCAAUUGAUUGACUGAGAAUCUGAUAAAGCAACAAAAGAUUUGUCCC